AUGCAGUCUGCACCACUUCAGUUGAGAAAAGUUCGCCUUAAUCAAGCCAGGGAACAUUUACUUGCAUUCCAAGAAGAAAAAAUAGAAGUGAGCGAGGAUAUGAAGCCAAUCGUUAUCGCUGAAAAGUAUCUCAAAGCUGAACGAAAGCUCCCUGUUAGCAUUCAAGAUCUUAUUAUGGGACCGAAUAGUUACUAUACAGCUGACCUUACCAUUCAUGGAUCUAACUCGGAGGGGAAUGCACAACCAUUCAAAUUUACCUUGCGAUCAAAAUAUUUUCCCAAGCGUCAGGAUGGUACAAUAGCAAUGCUUACACUGCGCUACCUACGUACAAAUCAAAAUAAUAUAGUGCCAGAUAUCAUCAUAUCUUUUGGCACGUCGCCUCUCCAUUAUAAUACAAUGGAAUUUCUUACGAAUACUGUGGGUGUUCCACCUGCUAACAUUACUGGCUUCGGUUUUAUAGCAACUGCUUGCAAUGCCCCUGGUAUAUUAAAUUAUCAAUUGCAUAUUCCCGCCAUUGAACUUUUCAACGGUUCUCUCGGUGGAGCAAUCAAUGGGUUUUACUUGGACUUGUGA